AUGUGGCUGAUAUGGCAACUCACAUUUCUUCUAAUGUUUUCAAAUUUUCUCUUUUCUUUUCUUUGUUUUGAUAUGAGUCAAUUCUUUGCUAUCUUUCAAUUUUUCAUUCUUUUUUCUGCCUUCAACUUUUCCUUCCUUUUAAUUUCUUUCAUUUUUUCUUUUUUUCAUGAAAUCUCUUUCUUUUCUUUAAAAUUUUCUUCUUUACUUUCAACUUUCACCUUCCUGUUAAUUUCUUUUAUUUUUCCUUUCUUUUUUAAACACCCAUCUUUUUUCAACCUCUCCAUCACCUUAACUGCUUCAUUACACAAAUUUCACUCUCUCUCUCUUUCUCUUUCUCUCUCUCUCUCUCUCUCUCUUUCUCUGUCUCAAGACUCAAUAUCUAUGCCUUUUUUUUUUUUUCUUUUUACAACUUGUUGUCUUCAGCUCACCUUCCUCUUUAAAUCCUAUUUCUUCUUACAUCCUUACUCAUCAUUUCUGCUGUUUGACUCUCCAUUCUCUCUCUUUAUACCUUCCUCUUUACUCAUCACUUCUUUUAUUCACCUUCUUUUUCCUUCUUCUAUCCUUCUUACUUUUCCUUUAAUUCAGGUUUCUUUUCACUUCUCUUUCAUAUUCUGCCCUUCUUUUAUUCAGCCUUCCUUUCUCUCUCUUCUCUUCUUAUCCUUAUUUUUUUCCCCUGUUUUAUUCAGCUCUCCUUUUCCUUCUCCUUAUUCUCUCAUCCUUACUUUUCCUUUCUUUAAUUCAAGUCUCUCCUUAUCUUUUCUUCUCUCUUUCUUUCUUUUGUUCAGUUUUCCUUCCCCCCACACUUCCUUAUUCUUCUACUCUUUUAUUCAUUUCUACUUUCCUCCCCCUUAUCCUCUUCUCUUUACCCUUCCCUUCUUUUCAUCUGGAGCAAUAGGAAUUUUUGAUUCCAUUUAUGGCUUUUUGCCAAAAGUCUGUUAA